UCGUCUACCCGCCUACAGAACCGGUGUGAAAUCACAAAAGGGACGAUAGCGCAGUCUUCGAUCGUGUCGCUGCUCUACUAGGAUUCAGCCGUGGUUGUAUAUUCGCUGCAGUAUUCUCAGCAAUGGCUCCCACUGCACCUCCCCAGGCGACCAACUCGCCAGCCAAGAAGACAUCAGCCCCAGAGAAGAAAUACAAGUGCCAAUUUUGUAAUCGCGCCUUUAGCAGAAGCGAACAUCGCAGCAGACACGAACGUUCGCAUACCAAGGAGAGGCCGUUCAAGUGUCUGAAGUGCCGGAGUACUUUCGUGCGCCGUGAUUUACUCCUUCGUCAUGACCGUACCGUUCACGCAAAGGACGGUGGGAUACCGCUAGUUUCCGAGGGCCGGCGACGUGGUGGCGCGGGUGUCCAAAAGACUUCCCCCGCCCCCGGCCCGUCUAAGCCCUCGAUCACAAUUGAUCCUGCUACUCUCGAACAAAUAGAGGCCAGCAGUGAUGGUAUGGUUGAUCUUGAAACUGCAGCCAUGUUGAUGACAGAUUUCCAACAUAAGGCCGCAGCUGCCGCUACUGGUCAAGCCAAUGAACGUGCUGAAUCGGAUCGCUCCUUUUCCCCUGGACGCGGUCCUCUAUUAGAGCCUCCUGUGUCGUACAUGUCGGGCAACGCGACCUUGCCGCAGAUGCCUUGGGACACCCUGGUUUCCCCUGCUGACACGAAGCACCCGAUGGGAUCUCCGUUCGUGUCUCAAGACAGUAGCUCGGAAUCGCAUACGCUGCCCUCGGUUAUGGACCGACACGGCGCCGUGGGUGAUGCGCUUGCUCCCUCGCUGCACUCCCUGGUGAACUCGCUGCCCAUGUCUGGAAACUCGACGCCGAAUGCGCUGUCGCCGUAUCCCUCGAUGACUGGUCCCGUUAGUCCAGUGAACUACCGCCGGUCGCCUGGUCCUAGCCAAGCCCUGACGCUGCCCAAGGCUCCGCAGAUUGCGAACGAGAUCGAGCGAAACAUGGUUGUUGAACGUCUGCACAAUGUGGAUUCUCUCAAUGUGCUUCCCGAGACCUUCCAGCUUCCUCCGACCGCGUCUCUCAACAAGUAUCUCUCAACGUACUUCAAUCUGUACCACCCUCACCUGCCGUUCUUGCACCAAGAGUCUUUCAAGCCUACCGCUACUUCACCGCCAUUGCUACUUGCGGUCCUUUCUAUUGGUGCUCUGUACACCUUUGAGCGGCAGCAUGCAUUCAUGCUUCACGUGGGGUCCAAGAUGCUUGUCAACCAAUUUUUGCAACACAAGGACAACUUUGACUCUCGCAAGUGCCCUCUCUGGGCCAUGCAAAGUACCCUGCUGAACAUGAUCUUUGAGAGCUGGAGUGGUGAUCCCAAGGGCCUCGAAUGGACCUGUUCCAUCAAGAGUCUUCUGGCCAAUAUGGUUGCCGGAAACCGCUAUCAACUGAAGCUCCGGACCGAAGCGCGCGAGGGUGCUCAGCCGACCCGCGAGGAGUGGAUCGAGGACGAGUCGUGCCGCCGGACGUACUACGCCGUUUACAUCUUCUUCGGCAUGCUCACGCUGACUUUCAACCACACUCCAGCGAUGAGCUUCGACGAAUUUGACAACUUGGAGCUGCCUUCCUCGGAAUCCAUGUGGAAUUUGGAUGUGACGGACGAUGAGGCGUGGCGUCGCAGCUUAGCGUCCUCCACGCCGCUUACUGUUCGUGAAGCGCACGACUGCCUUUUCCAGGGCGAGCAGACGCGCUACAGUGCUUUCGCCACCCGUGUGCUGAUCAACGCGCUUUUCCUGCAAGUUUGGAACCACAAGAGGAGCUUCGAGGCCCUCCAGGACGUGGUGACCGAAUACAAGCUCCGCUUGGCGCUGGAGACGUGGGAAAAUUCGCUGGAAGUGUGCGAGCCGGAAACGAUUGUGGUGCCUCUCAGCACCCCUCAAAAGGGUCACCCCUUGAUUUUCAACUCGAUGGCCGUCUACCGCAACACUCGCGCCCGCCUGGAAGUUGACCUCAAGUCCAUCCAGGAGGCUCUGCGCUACCACUCAUCUUACGAGGUCGCUGCUGCGAUGACUGUCGCACGCGAGAAGGUCAAGCGGUCUCAGGAGAUGAAUAAGGUUAUUCAGUCGUGCUUUGAGUGCAUUGAGAUCGCCGCCGUUCAGGGCAUCAACUGGGUCGCCAAGACGUCGGCAACCAACUGGAGCGUCGAGCAUCCUCUCUGCGGCUUGGACUUGAUGGUCAUCCUCAGUCUCUGGCUCUAUCGCCUGGAACAUGACGAAGAGCCCGCAACGGAGGCUGAGAUGGCCAUCUACAAUAAGGUUCGGAAUUUGUUUGAUGAUGACGCCGUCGAUGCUUUUGGAAAACUCAGCUCCACCGUGGCCCGUGUAUGGGGUAACAUCCUAGACGGCGUGGUAGUUUGGGGAAUUACAAAGCUCAUGGGCGAGUCAUUCAAACUUCAUUCCCAGGCCUUGGUCGGCUACGAAGAUUCGUUGCGCGUCGCCAAGGACCAACCUAUUCACCCAAUGCCGACGAAGACGCUUGCCAGCGUUGGCACCGCGUACUAGUGCGAUCAACAUCUCUACUCGACGGACAGGUAGCUUGACCAUGGUCAUCUACGUCACCAACUAAGUUCUUCUUCAUUCUCGUUUUCAUUCAUUCCUUAC